AUGCCGAUGAUACGAUCAAAGAAAUGUCCUGUCGAUGCCCCCUGGAUAACGAACCAUUUCAAAUCGCUGAUCAUUGAAAGGCAGAAAGCUUUUUCUACCUAUGGCCCUGACUCGAGCAGUUUUAAAUCUCUUCGAAACCAAGUAAAUCGAGAAAGGAAAAUCUGUAAAUCAAACUAUUAUAAACUCCGUGUACAUCAAUUGAAACAAACAGAUUCCAAGGAAUGGUGGAAAGAAGUAAAGCGUUUAAGUGGAAUGGCAUCUACUAGAUCUAGUGAUAUUAGAAAUAUAAUAGAUAUUGAAAACCUCGAACAAUUAUCUGAGCAAGAAUUAACUAACAAGAUCAAUGAAGUUGGAUCCCUUAUCUGUAUAUAA